UCCCAGAAACCCUGCCACUGGCCAGAGGUUGCAAACAUCCAGAUUGACUCUGGGCGCAGUGAUCACCUUAAGUCCUUCGGAAAGCCCCUCCUGCAAGCACCCCGUGCCGGUCUCCUGACCCAGAGAUGGAUUUGCCUGUGAACUUAACCUCCUUUUCCCUCUCCACUCUCUCUCCUCCGGAGACUAACCGCAGCCUCGGCACAGACGACCUGCGUCCCAGCCCGCCCCUACUCUCCAUCUUCGGCGUGCUUGUGCUGACCUUGCUGGGCUUCCUGGUGGUGGCGACGUUCGCCUGGAACCUGCUGGUGCUGGCAACCAUCCUCCGUGUGCGCACCUUCCACCGCGUGCCACACAACCUGGUGGCGUCCAUGGCCAUCUCGGACGUGCUGGUGGCGGCGCUUGUCAUGCCACUGAGCCUGGUGCAUGAGCUGUCCGGGCGCCGCUGGCAGCUGGGCCGGCGGCUGUGUCAGCUGUGGAUCGCAUGCGAUGUGCUCUGCUGUACGGCCAGCAUUUGGAACGUAACGGCCAUCGCCUUGGAUCGCUACUGGUCCAUCACCCGCCACCUGGAAUACACGCUCCGCACCCGCAAGCAUGUCUCCAACGUUAUGAUCGCUCUCACCUGGGUGCUGUCCGCCGUCAUCUCUCUCGCCCCGCUGCUCUUCGGCUGGGGAGAGACAUACUCAGAGGGCAGUGAGGAGUGUCAGGUCAGCCGCGAGCCCUCCUACACCGUGUUUUCCACUGUAGGCGCCUUCUACCUGCCGCUCUGCGUGGUACUUUUCGUGUACUGGAGGAUCUACAAGGCCGCCAAGCUCCGCGUGGGUUCCAGGAAGACUAAUAGCGUCUCACCAGUAUCUGAAGCUGUGGAGGUGAAGGACUCUGCUCAGCAGCCCCAGAUGGUAUUCACAGUCCGCCAUGCCACCGUCACCUUUCAGACAGAAGGGGACACUUGGAGGGAACAGAAAGAGCAGAGAGCUGCCCUCAUGGUGGGCAUCCUUAUUGGUGUGUUUGUGCUCUGCUGGAUCCCCUUCUUCCUCACGGAGCUCAUCAGUCCCCUCUGCUCCUGUGACAUCCCCGCCAUCUGGAAGAGCAUCUUCCUUUGGCUGGGCUACUCCAACUCCUUCUUUAACCCCCUGAUCUACACAGCUUUCAACAAGAACUACAACAGCGCCUUCAAGAACUUCUUUUCUAGACAACACUGAAUAAGAAGCCUAGGAUAAAAGAAGUUCUUCCCAUAACUCAAUGAAAUGUCCAAUUUCAUCUAUUUCCCCAUCCUCACCCAACAGCUGAGUAGAAGAGAUGAAUUCUUAAAAUUUUCCAGGGUCAUCUUCAGAACUAAACCAGCCUCACUUCUGUCUCCUCAGUAGGAAUAUGAAUCUUCUCAGCAUUUUGGUGACAUGUUGUACCUAACUUAUCUACUACUCCUCCCUCUGCAAACAGCCACGGACUUUGCCCACAAAGUGCUCUUUUCUCCCCAAAUCCUCUCCAGCAUGGUUAUUGUGAUUUUUCUAAAGAAGUCAAACAAUAUGAGCAGGUUGGGAAUGGAUAGAGAAGAAUGACUAAGUCACAAUGUGGACAUCUGGUUGUAGGCAACUAUAAUUCUGAACUUUCUGGAACAGUCCCAUUUCAAAUAUUCCACUCCAUAAUCCUAGUAAGUGUACCCUAAUACUGACAGGUAUGUCCUAGUAGUUGAACAUAAGAAACUGUCUCCAAACAUAUUAAAGUACAUAACCCCAU